GGUGUUUUGCGCGUGUGAACGUUCGAAUUCGAACGCGCGUGUUUGAAUUCGAGCUGAGUGAAGUUGGCCGAGGAGUGUUUCGAUGAUCGGAAAACAACGGUUGCAGUGAGUAAAAAAAAAAAAAAACAAACAAACACGCCUUUACGAACAAACUCACAGAUUGAUGCGACAGAAAUUUAAUACGAAGUAAAAGAUUUUAAAAAGAAAAAGUGAAACUCGCACAAAAGAUGCGAAACAACGAUUAUUCUCAUUUCACGGUAAACAAUGACGAAAAAAAUAUCGCAACGAUUUCGGUAGUGAUUCUGUGAGUGUUCCGAGCUUUAAAACCACGCGACUACAAGUUUUGUUUUGGUGGUGAUUUCGUGAUAUUCGAAAGUGGGUUCGUUCUUUUUAUCAUACCCGGGUGUCCUUGAAUCAUCGAAGUGAAUAUGUCGCUAAUCGCAGCACGACCCGUUCAAGUUAUUGAGAAUCGUAGAAAGAGGACGACAACGACAGAUACGGCGUUUCAUCUUGCAUGCAGAAACCAGUGGAAUCGAUGCGGUGGAAUCGUCGGCAAUUCGAUCCUCUUGGUGGGUUGGAUCCUAUUGACGUUCUGCACGUCGGAAGGGAGAGGAGACGAAUUUGCUGGAGGUGCGACGGGACACGCGAGGUCGAGUUGGUCAUCGUCGUUGGUCACCACAUCGAGGACAGUGUCAACAACGGAAAUGCUUUUUCAGAGAAUUGUAACCGACCCGCAAGAUCAAACCGCCGUCAUCGGGUCCGAAGUCACUCUCCCCUGUCGCGUUGUCCAUCAAAAAGGUCCUGUUCAAUGGACCAAGGACGAUUUCGGUCUUGGCGCCGUUCGAAACCUGACCGGAUACGAAAGAUACGCGAUGAUUGGCAGUGACGAAGAAGGUGACUUUUCGUUGCGUAUACACCCGGUGGAGUUAGAGGACGACGGAAAGUAUCAGUGCCAAGCAUCGCCAACGAACGACGGUCAGCCGGGUCUGAGAUCGAAAUUCGCAUACCUCACCGUCCUCGUGCCACCCCAAAAGCCGAAAAUUACUCAAGGGGACUUUCUCGUGACGACCGAGGAUCGGGAACUGACCUUGGAGUGCGUUAGCGUCGCCGGAAAACCGCCCGCUGAGAUCACCUGGAUCGAUGGACUGGGCAAUGUUCUUCGCAAGGGGAUCAAGACUCACACCGAAAAAUAUGAAGGAGGACCUCUCGUCACUGUCAGGUCGGUGCUCACUGUCAUGCCGAGGAAGGACCACGACAACACCACCUUUACUUGUCAAAGUCAUAACGCCGCCGAGCGAACCCCUCAAAACGUAAAACUGCGCGUUGAGGUUCGGUACGCGCCAAAAGUUUCGCUCAGAAUCCGAUCAGGAUUAUCGAAGAACGGUAGAAUAGUCGAAGGUGCUGAGCUGAGAUUCAAAUGUCGAGCGGAGGCGAAUCCUUCAGACAUGGAAUACAGGUGGUACAUCAACGAGAGAAAGGUGAUCGGCGAUUAUACGACAGAGAUGAUUAUACACAACGUUACGAGGCACGAUCACGACGCUAUCGUUAAAUGCGAGGUCCACAACGACGUUGGGAAAAGCGAGGAAACCGAGACUCUCGAUAUCACUUAUGGGCCACAGUUUCGGCACCCUCCCCAAUCGGUAGAGACUCACUAUGAUGCUACUGAAAUCCUGCAAUGUGACGUAGACGGUAAUCCAACGCCAGAAGUUCUCUGGAUCCACGAAGAAUCCGAUCGAAUCGUGGCGAGCAGUCCUAACAUCAGCGUUCAUGUUAGCCCAGAAACUGCUGGACGAUAUUACUGCAAAGCGCAUGUUUCUGGAUUCCCAGAACUUACAGGCUACGCAAAUAUCUACAUAAAAGCUGCACCAAGCAUCGUUUCUCAACGCACUCAAUACGUCCCAGACGAAGGAGUCGUCAAGGUCGAAUGCACAGCUAUUUCCGUACCGAAGGCAGAUUCGGUGACGUGGAGCUUCGGGGGUAGGGAAUUGAAUUUCUCAUCGAAUAGCACGCCCUAUCUUGUCCAGGAAGAAUUCACACCUGAGGGAAUAGUCAGCACUAUAACACUUCUGGAUCCAGUAUCGACGUAUUUUGGAGACUACAAUUGUACGGUGACAAACAGUUUCGGAACUGACUCUGUGAUCAUCAAGCUCACCACUCAUGCACUGAUUCCAGUCGAUUGGCAGCUAAUUCUUAUCGUCGGAGGAUUAGUCGUAUGUGUGAUCCUCGUUGGGAUAAUUGUAGCUCUAAUUCUACAUUGUCGAGAUCGUAUCAAACAGCCCAGGCCACGUAAUGUACAAGCUCAAGACAAUGAUCUGCAAGAGACAGAUUCGAACGUCGAACGAUAUCGCGAAAGCGAUCGUAGCAGUAAUCUUUCCGACGUCAAAGCAGAUAUUAGAGCCGGAUCAAGCGUAAGCAAUGCAGAGAGCGUUACUGCCCUGGAUAGCGAAGGGGAAGGGAGCACCAGAGGCGUCAAUGCGCUGGCAUUAGCAGGACCGGUUCCUAAUCCGCUCGGAUUCAGAUACAGCGCCGAUUACACGGAGCCAUCAUUUCCGCCAAAAAACAAUGAUGGAAGCAACAACAACGGUUAUGUGCCAUACGUCGACUAUGCUCGUGACUACACGCCGCCAGUUGCCCAAGGAAUGGGCGCAUCCAGAGAAUCCCUGAGCAGGAUACCCUCGGGAGGUAUCCUCGGUUCUAAAAAAAUAGGUCUCAGUUCGGCGAACCUUGGUAACAACACGCAACAGGUCAAUUCUGUUAUAGAUCCAAGGUUUUCAGCCACUUAUGGCAACCCUUACCUGAGAAUGUCAGCGGCAGAGCAGCUCAGGCAUGCACCUCACACGGCGAUACCUGGUGUAACUCCAGCCCCUCCACCAUAUACUCAGGCGAUGCGAAUGAGUAAUAUGAACGCGUUAAACGGGGCAGGUCCACAGGCUCCAUUGUCUGCCCAUUACAUAACGGGGGGGCCGAACGGAGGCGUUGCAACGGUGAAGCGUACAUCAGCAGUUGGAGGUCUGGCGACGCAUGUAUGAGACUGGAGUUCCUCAGCUGGAAUAGUCCCUGCUAAAUAUUAGAGGAUUCGGGUUUCAAGUGCGCGUCAAGAGUAUCGUCGAAAUGAGUCGUCGCCCUACUGCCUAAAAAAAAAAAAAAGUACAAACUUGAAGAUACGACGAUUUUCCGACGGUAAUAUCGUCGAGGUUUUCCGCCCACAUCGCAAAAUCUCUUCAGCCUGAAACUGCUUUCAAAAGAUCUCAUGGCGAAGACCGAUAUUGAGAUUCUACGAAUAUUGAAAGUUAGACACACGAAGGCUACUGUAAGAAGUGAU